AUUACAUGAAGAGAUCAGCUUACCAGUUUUGUGCCGAGCAGAGGCUGCGCUCGGAGCUCCGGGUAGUACAGUGAGGGAGAGCAGAGAACAGCGCGGUGCCUAGCGGAACUCCAGGGCUGGAAUCCUGGGACACAAGUGCAUCUGCUAGCUGUUAGCACUUGGCAGACGGAGCUCUCCUCUAGGGUAGUUCUAACUUUGGGUAAUAAUGUUUGUCAGCUACCUGAUAUUAACAUUUCUCCACGUUCAAACAGCAGUGUUAGCAAGACCUGGGGGAGAGAGCAUCGGCUGUGACGACUACCUAGGCUCCGACAAAGUGGUGGACAAAUGCGGGGUGUGCGGAGGCGAUAACACAGGCUGUCAGGUUGUGUCGGGCGUGUUUAAGCACGCCCUCACCAGCCUGGGCUACCACCGCGUUGUUGAGAUUCCCCAAGGAGCCACAAAAAUCAACAUCACCGAGAUGCACAAGAGCAACAACUAUUUGGCCUUGCGAAGUCGCUCUGGCCGCUCUAUCAUCAACGGUAACUGGGCAAUUGACCGGCCUGGAAAAUACGAGGGCGGAGGAACGAUGUUCACCUACAAGCGUCCGAAUGAGAUUUCGAGCACUGCCGGAGAGUCCUUUCUGGCCGAAGGGCCCACUAAUGAGAUCUUGGAUGUCUAUAUGAUACACCAGCAGCCUAACCCAGGAGUCCACUAUGAGUACGUUAUCAUGGGGACCAAUGCCAUCAGCCCACAGGUGCCACCUCACAGGAGACCAGGGGAGCCCUUCCGCAGCCAGCUGCUCCCGGAGGCCAGGAGCCAGGAGGGCGAGGAGGGGCCGCAGGAGAAGGAAGACUUGCGCGGUGGGGCACCGGACAUAUUCACUUCGGAACCAGCUCAGACCUUCCCCGUCAGGCGUCCAGAUAGAUUUUCUUCCCACCGGCCGGGCAAUUUGGUGCCACCAGCACCACAGCCCCCACGACGAAGCCGAGAUCACAACUGGAAGCAGCUCGGGACAACGGAAUGCUCCACGACCUGUGGGAAAGGAUCGCAGUAUCCUAUUUUUCGCUGUGUGCACAGAAACACUCAUGAAGAGGUUCCUGAGAGCUACUGUGACUCCAGCAUGAAGCCAACCCCUGAGGAGGAGCCCUGCAACAUCUUCCCUUGCCCAGCCUUCUGGGACAUCGGGGAAUGGUCAGAGUGCAGCAAAACCUGCGGCCUGGGCAUGCAGCAUCGCCAGGUCCUGUGCCGCCAGGUGUACGCCAACCGCAGCCUGACCGUGCAGCCCUACCGCUGCCAGCACCUGGAGAAGCCCGAGACCACCAGCACCUGCCAGCUCAAGAUCUGCAGCGAGUGGCAGAUCCGGACGGACUGGACCUCGUGCUCAGUGCCCUGUGGAGUGGGGCAGAGGACCCGGGACGUGAAGUGUGUGAGCAACAUCGGGGACGUGGUUGAUGACGAGGAAUGCAACAUGAAGCUCCGGCCGAAUGACAUUGAGAACUGUGACAUGGGACCCUGUGCAAAGAGCUGGUUCCUCACCGAGUGGAGUGAGAGGUGCUCAGCGGAGUGCGGGGCUGGAGUGCGGACGCGCUCGGUGGUGUGCAUGACCAACCACGUCAGCAGCCUGCCUCUGGAGGGCUGUGGGAACAACCGGCCAGCAGAGGCCACCCCAUGUGACAACGGGCCCUGCACGGGCAAGGUGGAGUGGUUUGCUGGGAGCUGGAGUCAGUGCUCCAUAGAGUGUGGCAGUGGCACCCAGCAGAGGGAGGUGAUUUGCGUUAGGAAGAAUGCAGACACCUUUGAAGUGCUGGACCCCUACGAAUGCUCCUUCCUGGAGAGACCCCCCAGCCAGCAAUCCUGCCACCUGAAGCCUUGCGGGGCCAAAUGGUUUAACACAGAGUGGAGCAUGUGCUCCAAGAGCUGCCAGGGUGGCUUCCGGGUCCGCGAAGUUCGCUGUCUGUCAGAUGAUAUGACCCUAAGUAACCUCUGUGACCCUCAGCUGAAACCAGAAGAGAAAGAAUCGUGUAACCCUCAAGACUGUGUCCCUGAAGUCGAUGAAAGCUGCAAGGACAGGUACUACAACUGCAACGUGGUGGUGCAGGCCCGCCUCUGCGUCUACAACUACUACAAGACUGCCUGCUGUGCCUCCUGCACCCGUGUGGCCAACAGGCACCCGGGCUUCCUGGGGAACAGAUAACACCCCUGCACUCACCCACAGGGCAGAGCAGCAGCGGUCUGUAAGCAGGGUGACUGGCUGGCUGCUGUUCCACCCAGGCUUCCUGGCCUAGGGUGCUGCCAGCCAACUCGGUCACAGCCCCACCUUGGGUAAAGUGUACACGUGGUGCCCAGGAGCAGAGCAUUGCCAUAAACUGAUGACCCCUCCUUGGGAAACCUGGCAACCUCUAAGGGUGCUCUCUGAAAAUCAAACAUUGGGGUGUGCAUGUAGCUCUCAGCCAACCCCCCUCCUGGCACUUUCUAAGUCAGCAAUUAGCCCGGACUGGGUGCUGCCUCAUCCUGGGUGCUCUUGGUCUUUCCAAUAUCAGCACCCCCUGGAGAGUCAGAGGAGGCAGCGCCCCUACCCCAGGACCCCACGAACCCUGGCUGAAAUGCCAGCAUCCCUCUGUUACCUCAGCCCAGCUGUGCCUGUCUUCAUUCUCAAAGACAUUGGGUUUUUUUCCUGCCUCAUGACACAAAUAUCUCAUGUCAAUGUAGUGCUUUAUUGUUUCACAGGUAUAUUCACAGGUAUUAACUCAUUCAUUAGCAGCUCACAAUGCCCCAGAAGGGGAGGCAGGGAAUGAAUCACUGUCCCCAUUUUACUGACGAGGAAACUGAGACUCAUUGACCUGCCAGAUAUAUUCACCUUUCAGUGGCAGAGCUGAGUCCUGACCCCAAUCAUCUGACCACAAAACCCUCACCCCAGCGCCUGUCCGGAAGUCUUAGGUCUCCAGGAUGCAGCUUCAUUUCAGACCAAGAAGCCGAGAAGUUUCCCAGUUAGCAAACAAAGCCCAGGUCCUUAAAUUCUUCCCUCCGGCCAAAAGCCAAAACUUUAUCUGGGCAUCAGUUGUUUCAGAAGUUGGUUUUCACUGAUCCCUUCCCCCCAAAGUCACAGAUCGUAGUCACAGGACUCUGCAGGUUUUGUUAAGCCCUCAUCCUUAAAGGAACUCUCCCCUGAGACCAUAAGCCACUGGGUAUCACGCUGAUUGCCUGAAAUUCUGAUUUCAUUCCCCAGUGAGAUGUUUUCCCUGGAACCAGAAGUCAGGGUCUCUUUGGCCACAGAGACUCUCGGUCCUACAACAGAUUUCCAGAGCUGUGUGCUCCUGCCCCUCCUCAGCCAGCCCUCCUGGGCUGUUCAGCGCACAUGCCUGGUGGAAAGUGUAACCAGCCCAUGCCAGAAAAAAACCUAUGUUUAUAUUAGAAAGAGUCUCCUUUUUGUCUUUCUGGUUUGAUUUAUGGAUUUCUCUCUAUUACUUCAAAUCCUUUCUCACCCAGGACUCACAAGCCAUGUUCCCUCUCCUCCCAGACGUGAGCACUAAGAUCUACAUUAAUGGAGCCAGUCUGGGAGAAAGGGCUGUCAACUCCAGCAGGGUCUUCCCUGACUCACCUCACCUCACUCUG